GGGCGCACGUUUCUCACGAGUGUUGCUUAUUAAUUGUAUUUUUUUUAUUAAUCCCAUUAUUUAUACUUAUUAAAUAACCUCCAAAAAAAAUUGGAGAAAAUGGGAGCUGUUGCGGAAGCUGAGAAAGUUUUAAAUGUUCGACCUAAAGGUCUAGGCGUGCGACAUGCGCAAACGCUGCUGCUCUUUUUCGCGAUGCUGAUCGCGUUCACGAUGCGCGUCAACAUAAGCAUGGCCAUCGUGGACAUGACUGACGUUAAUAAACAAGAGCACUUCACGUGGAGCCACAGCGUCCAAGCCGUGAUCCUGUCGUCCUUUUUCUGGGGCUACGUGAUCCUACAAAUCCCCGCCGGCGAGCUGGCCAGCCGCUUCGGAGGCAAGAUCCUCAUCACUAUCUCUAUCAGCAUCAAUUCGCUGUUGUCACUCGCUAUGCCGUAUGGAGCUGCCAUAGGUGGGUGGAAGCUAGUAUGUGCGUGUCGAGUUUUGCAAGGACUGACACAGGCGUUCGUCUACCCCUGCAUGCACCACCUUAUCAGCCAAUGGGUGCCUUUAGAAGAGAAGGGACUUCUUAGUACUAUCAUUUACGCUGGUAGUCAACUUGGUAUAGCCCUUCAGCUACUAGCAUCCGGGUUCAUAGCGACCGCAUACGGCUGGCAAAUGAUAUUUUACUCGAACGGAGUCCUGGGAAUUUUAUGGACGAUCGCCUACUUGAUAUUUGGUUCAGCUUCUCCUGAGAGUUCCAAAAUUAUUUCCGUUGCUGAAGUUCAGUAUAUACAGAAAUCAUUAGGAAGAUCUGGUGGACAUAAACGUUACCCAACUCCGUGGCGCAAAAUCGUGACGUCUCUUCCAUUUUGGGCCGUGAUCGUGUCCCAUUGCGGGCAGAAUUGGGGAUUUUUCACGCUCAUGACUGAAAUGCCUACUUUCAUGGCAAAGGUCCUCAAUAUGAAGUUGACAAAGAACGGUGUCCUCUCAUCCUUACCGUACUUGUCGAUGUACGCGCUUAGUUUCAUAAUGGGAGCUAUGACAGAUUUGAUCAUCAGAAAGAAUUGGCUUAGUGUCUCCAACACCAGGAAGCUCUUCAACAGUAUUGGACUCUGGGGACCAGCGGUAGCACUAAUUGGCUUGUCGUACAUUCCAUCUGGCAAUACUACACUUGCGGUAGUGAUGCUCACACUCGCUGUAGGCAUUAACGCCGGAACAUUCGCUGGAUAUCUCUUGGUGCACAUUGACCUGGCGCCAAACUUCAGCGCGUGCCUGAUGGGCAUCACCAACUUUCUGGCCAACAUCAUCUCCAUCAUCGCACCGCUCGUCUGUGGCCUGAUUAUCAAAGAUGAGGAAGAUGCAUCGGAGUGGAGGAAAGUAUUCUUCGUGGCAGCAGGCAUUUACUUCUUCACGAAUCUGUUUUUCAUACUAUUCAGUACUUCGGACAAGCAGCACUGGAAUGAACCGGUCAAGUCUGAUGACGUUGAAAUGAAAUCUGCGGAGAAAGGGAACGCGACUCAGUGAGCGGAUGAAAACGAUCUCGCCUAGUAUACGUUAAGUUUUCGUUCAUCGUAAUUAACUUAGGUACGAAUCGCGACGCUACGGCGCGAGUUCGCCUGUCGCCUAUUCGAGGGCGCACACCGGAGUCGAACUGGUGGCACGUUCCUGUGCCACCACGAGGCGCCCCUUACGAUGCGUCCCGUAAAAUCACACCUUUAUUUGUAUGCUGUAAUAUAAUAUGCUAUAUCCGGAAAGAGUUUGAAAAGGCCGGCUGGCUGUGCACGAGGGGGUGCCGGUUCCUACACUCGUGUACGACAAUGAAUGUUGGGUUUGGCAGAAGAAGCACGAAAGUGGAAUUAAUGCAGUAGAAUAGCUUUGAGAAUUAUAGCUGGAGUAAAGCCGGAUUUUCAUUUGUCUGACGUUUCGUGUCGUGACACUUCAGAAUGGUAUCAGUUUCGCACAUUUAAUAUGGUUAAACUUAUAUUAGUGUGUCGCAAUCUGACGUGACGGCUUGUGUUGUGUCGCAUCAGAAGCGACCGUGUCACGUCAAAUCAGACAAGUAUGCACGCGCCAGUGCUGUGUUGUGACGCGUCAGAAUCGAAUAGUGCCUUAGACAUUAUGAAAUAUUUAUGAAAUCUUUCAUCAUCGCUCUCAAGCUCUUAACGACACUGUCGAACACGCCUUUAGCCUGUUUUUAAUCGACUUCAAAAAAAGGAGGAGGUUCUCAAUUCCACUGUAUGUUUUUUUGUAUGUAUGUUACGCAAUAACUCCGGUAUUUGUGAACCGAUUUUCAUGAUUCUUUUUUUU